AUGGAGCCUACCGAAGAUGUCAUGCGAAGCGCUCAUGAACUGCCAUCAAAGUUGCCCGACGUGGAUCUUACGCCAUACACAGACCAGCUUCUCCAGUGGUUUCAGUCUGAGCACCAGGGCCAAAUUCACAAAUUGGUAGAUCAAGUACCGCCGCACGUCAUCGGCCGGUUUUUUCUGAUGCAGCAAGUUCUCAAGGGCCAAGACUCGGCUUGGGCCCCCUACAUUGCAACACUGCCACAACCACAAAACUACAACGCCUGGGCACUGCCUGCCGUAUGGCGCAAGGUUGGAGAAGAGAAGGGCAGCGAUAUUGCUCUAGCCUUACUUAAGGGCACCAAUGCCGAAGUAGCGGCCGAAGAGAUGAGGCAGCGCAUCGAUACUGAGUUCAGAGCGGCGUGGGCUGUCUUGCAGGACCCCAAAUACACAUUUGCGCUGUACCAGUGGGCGUACUGCAUCUUCACGAGCCGCAGCUUCCGGCCGUCGCUGGUUCUGACCGACGAGAUCAAGGCCGUCUUGACACGAGACGCCAACGGUGCAGCUCAAGAUGGAAGCAGCAUCGACCCACGGCAUCUGGCAGCUGUGAACCACGCCAGGUUGCCAGAAGGCUGCGGCACCGACGACUUCUCCAUUCUCUUCCCGGCCCUAGAUAUUGGGAACCACGACCCGCGCGCCAGCAUUAGAUGGCUGCCCGUGGUCGACGCGUCACGACAGUCGCUCAACAGCUCGACUGUGCUGACGCCGGCUCCCAGUGGCACAAAUGAACAUGCCAUUGUAUUCUACACAGGGACCGGUUAUGGCCAGGGGCAGGAGGUGUUCAACAACUACGGCUCGAAGACGAACAGUGAGCUGCUUGUGGGCUAUGGGUUUACCUUACCCCCGGAGGAUAAUAUGCACAACGACUACGUCCAUCUCCGAAAGCGAGGUGCGUUGGCUCGUGGUGUCUCGGACGGGGUGGCGGGACACGUGGACACCCAUCCAGACUUUCUGUUGUCCCUCCGCCCCAUUGCUGAACCGUCGUCCGUGGUUGGGCGUGCCCGAUUACCACGAGAUCAACAAGUCGACUCGAUGCCAGAAAGUCGGCGCUCACCGGGAUUUUCCCUUAUCGAGGAUGGGUUGCUAUGGGACAUGUUGUCUCAUAUGAUUAAGCCCGAGGACCGUGAAACACUGCAGCGCGCUGCAGUGGCCGCGUCCCAUGGCCAACAGUACCUGACGCUGCCAAUGGACGACGUCAAUGCCAUUCUCCCACUCGCCGAACUGCGGGAAGCUAUCAUGGACCUGGUAUUCCAGACGAAGUUUUCAGAGGACGGCAGUUCAAUAUUCGCCCAACACAGCCGCAACAUCCAUUUUGUUCUACUUCAGAAAUUCGACAGCGACUUAGAAACACUGCAAGACACAGACCCUCCAUCAUACAUCGCAGCACUCCUUGAAGACGGCGAGUACGUGGCCAAGACGCGCCAGGAACGCCUGGCCAUGGAGUACCGGGAACAGUACCGCGCAGUUUUGAGCAGCGCCGUGGAUGCCCUAGGCGAAGAAAUGAGUAAUAUGAUGUCACAAGAGCGCGAAGCUUAG